CCCCAGAAGAAGAUGAGACGGUUGGUUCACAGGCACUUGGAACUUGGAGUCUGCGCGUGCGGGCGUCAUGCGUGGAGAUGUGCGUGUCCGUGGGACUUUAACAUGUGGAAAUUGAGGAAUUAACUCCGUACCAGUGGUAUUCUUAACAAGAAACUACAGAGUGAUACUUUUACCCCCGAUAGAAGGUCGUCGGAAGAGAAGAAUUGGGCGAAUUGCUCCAAAGGCCUGAGUGCCAUGCCAGAGGGGUCCCAUUCUGUUCUCCACCAGGGCCCAAUGGGGGAAGAAUAUCCUCAGCUACCCUCGCCCCUCUCCGCUGGAGAACAUGAACAAACAAACCCAGACUUGGGACCAGACUGUUACAACCAACUAUGUGUGGAUCCAUUGGAUGGAGAGGGGGAACGUCCAGUAAGUCUAGUGUCCACCUUGUCUUCUGGAUCAUCCCGUGACAGUCACAGCCUGUUUGGGAGCACCGUUACUCUUCCUUCCUCCUGCACCCCGCCCAUACCAAGCGAGGAGGACAUCAACUUGGAGCUGAGCCCGCCCGAAAGCACAGUAGAGCAGACAAAAGACCAGAAUCCUGGCCUCGCAGGGUCCAGCGGACUAUGGAAGCCGCACUUGAUCGGCAACCAGUGGAAUAACAAUAACACUACCUCCGACAGGCAGGCAAGUGCAGAGAUCCUUCACAUCCACGCAGCACCUGUCAUCACUGACACAAUGGCGCCCAACCCCAAACUGACCCACGUGGACCGAGUUGUCAUGGAGAUCAUCGAGACUGAGCGCAUGUACGUCAAAGACCUGCGAAGCAUUGUAGAGGACUAUUUGGCUCACAUUAUUGAUAUGAGCAACCUUCCCAUACGUCCAGACCAAGUGUGUGCUCUGUUUGGAAAUAUUGAGGACAUUUAUGAAUUCAACAGUGAGUUGUUGCAGUCGUUGGACAUGUGUGAGAACGACCCUGUGGCCAUCGCCCAAUGCUUUGUUGACAAGAGCGAAUAUUUUGAAAUCUACACGCAAUAUUGCACCAACUAUCCAAAUUCAGUAGCAGCACUGACUGACUGCAUGAGAAGUAAAACCUUGGGAAAGUUCUUCAAGGAUCGUCAGGCUGCUCUGAAGCGUUCACUCCCUUUGGGUUCUUUCCUCCUUAAGCCAGUGCAGAGGAUCCUCAAAUAUCACCUGCUUCUUCAGGAAAUUGCAAAGCACUUUGGCCCAGACGAGAAGGGGUAUGAGGUGGUCCAGGAGGCCAUAGACACCAUGACAGGGGUGGCUUGGUACAUCAACGACAUGAAGAGGAAACACGAACACGCAGUCAGAGUGCAGGAGAUCCAGUCUCUUUUGAUCAACUGGAAGGGUCCUGACCUGACCACAUAUGGUGAGCUGGUGCUGGAGGGCACCUUUCACGUCCUGCGGGCAAAGAACAGCCGUACGCUCUUCCUGUUUGAAAAGAUGCUACUCGUUACCAAAAGAAGAGGAGAGCACUAUGUCUACAAAACACAUAUCUCAUGUUCCACCUUGAUGCUGCUUGACAGUGCAAAGGAUCCCCUGCUCUUCAGUGUCAUUCAUUUCAAGCAUCCCAAGCAGCCCCACACAGUGCAGGCAAAAUCUGUAGAAGAGAAGCGUCUCUGGGCCCAUCACAUCAAGAGGCUCAUUCUUGAGAACCACAACGCCAUUGUUCCACCAAAGGCAAAAGAAGCAAUCGUGGACCAUUCUAAUUGUCUUGGGAAGAAGUACCACUGUAGUCCAGAGCGGGUGAAGAGAGCAGAUUCCUACCAAUCAAAUGACUUCCAUCUUGCAGGAUUGACUGGGAGGAGGAGAUCUGAACCUGCUAAACAAAUCAUAAAAAGUACCAAAGAUGUUAUGAAGCAUGCUGAGAGCGAGGGCACCCUGCUGGGGGACAGGCAGCCGCCUCGGCCGGCCCCAAGUGUCAGGACCCAGGAGUCCGGUCUAGGCGAGCCCCAGGUUGAGGAGCCCGGUGCGGACGACACUCUCCGGCAGCUAAGUUCUCCCACCGCUAACCUGAGCUGCCCGCCUCGUGAGGGGGGUCCCGAGCUGCCGGUGACAGAACAGGAAACACAGGAGGAUGAGGAGGAACUGAUUUUCAAGGAGGAUUUACUGAUGGAGGACGACCAGGUAGCCGACUUUGCCAGUUCCGUCCUGGCAGCCAUCUCCUGCUGGCACUAUAGAGCCCGGGCUUUGCUUUCUUCUCACUUCACAACGGGCGAUUCAAUAAGCGAUGACGCUCAUCUGACCGAUGACGGAGAACAGAUGGAUAUGGCCGAGACCAGACAGGCCCAUUUGGAUGAGCUGCAUCCAGCUGAGAACGCCCAUCCGCUCCCAGAGUCACCGGUCUUCCCCUCCCCAGCGCAAGAGGCCGUCACUCUGGAGUCCGUGGACACCUCUACAGAAAUGGGUGAAAAAGAAGAGGGUGGAAGCGACUCGUUGGGUCAAGUGCAGGAAACUAGUGUGCUGAUGAGUAGUGAGGUCUCCGAGGAGGAGGAGGAUGCGGCGGCGAGGAGAACAAGCAUCCUAUCCUGCUCCGUGUUAGACCAGGCAAGCGUCAUUGCUGAGCACUUCGUCGCUGGUGUGUCUCGGCGAAGCAGCCUGGUCUCCGAGGAUCUAAGCUCCCUGGCCUGCUCCUCUCCUUUGGCCUCCAAUGAAGUCUUCAUCAGCCCCUCCACCUGCACAGACUCUGAAGAGAAGCCCGAAUUGUCGCCCACUGUGUCGCCUCCUGACCCAGAGGUCACCUCUGAGAGUCGCGCACCUGCGCGGGAACCGGCCUUAGCUGAGGGGGAACGUCGAUCCACCCUUUCUAAACAGGAUAUUCUACUGAUCCACAAGAUCAGGAGAUACUAUGAACAUGCCGAGCACCAAGAUGCCAACUUCAGCAUCAAGCGCAGGGAAAGUCUCUCCUACAUUCCAGCGGGUCUGGUCAGGCACCUGAGCCGACAGCUUAACAAUAAUCCGGACCAUCACGCGGUCCCAGUCCACAGGAAAGUCCUCACCAGGUACAGGCCCACUUCCUGGUCUGUGUUUGACCUUCCGGGCUUACAGAAAAAUCCCAGUUCAGACAUUCACCUAAAGGCUGAACUGCAGAGUUCAGAUGGCGUGACGGCGAGAUCCUCUAGCGUCACAGAUUCCUCUACCACUGAUGAAGACUUCCGACCUUCAUCAGAAAUGAUCAAAGUCUGGCAAGACAUGGAGUCAGAGGAGGAAGUCCAGCAGAACAAAGAACAGAAAAAGAUACCUUUUGAGUGUUUGAGUUCCUCAGCUCGUAAACUUGUGAAGGAACCAGCACUGAUUCUGGAGGACGGUGAAACAAGUCCCUCGUCUGAUUGUUCAAAUGUUACGGCAGAAGAGACAAAGUCCGCUCAGGAUUCUAAACAUCUUGGAACAUCUGUGACUCAAGGGAGGAACCUAGUCCAACUUCCCAGGAUCAUUAGCUUCAGAGCGAGUGUGGACGAAGACCAGAUCUUACAGGACGUGGGCAGGAUGAAAAAUAAAGUGUUCCAACUGGCACGUCAGUAUAGCCAACGCAUCAAGAAUAAUCGACCUAUGGUCUGGCAGAAGACCCGGGAAGCCUCGACUCAGCAAGGGUUCAAGAACAUGCCUGCUGUCUUCGAGGAGAAGGUCAAGAAAAAAAGUAAACCCAACCUGAGACUGCCCUCAAACACUUGUGAGCAGAUGGUCAUUCAUGAAGUGAAUACACCGAGUCCUGUCCCAACACCCAGUUCUGCAGCCAGCUCACGCAGCACAGCGACUGACCCGCAAACCCCUCAGUCGGAAAACUUCCACUGGCCCGAUGUACAAGAACUGAGGUCCAAAUACAACCUCUGUGGAUCUGACGCAGACUCCACAAACGAGUUGCAGGAAUGCUCUCGGGUCACGUGCAACGGCUACUCUCCCGUAGACCCUCAUAAAGACCUGUCGCAGUUUCCGGCGGCAAAAGACUGGCCUCAGCCCCGCUCCAAGCUCCUGUGCAGGUGGAGCUCUUUGGACCACAUGCUCGGAUCUCUGCCUCUCCAUGAAGUGCAGAACCUGCAGGAACCCGUGCGGACCUGCUUCCCCAGCAGCGCGGCGUCUUUGGCCACCGCACAACGCGGCGUCCUCACAGAGGGCGGCAAGCUCCUGGAGGACGGCUUCCGAUGUCCCGCUUUGAGGUCAGCCAAGACGUCGGAAAGUAAUCUGGUGAAGACUUUGCGGGAAAAAUUCCAGAGUUUAAGCACCGACUCGUGAAAACUUCAACGGUCAAUACCAGCAGGGAAAGACUGAAACUCGUCUGUGCAGUGCAGUCUGCAUGAUUUUGAAGGGAUGUUAAUUGGUCCAUUCAGUGUGGGGAAACAAACAAACAAAAAAAGUGUUGCAAUAUUUGUAUAUGUGGGACUUUUCCUAACUCAUUGGAUGUAAAAAAAAAUGUGUAAAUAGUUCCCCCCUAUUUGUAUCAUCACUAUGAUGACAGGCUUUUUGUUCAGUUCCCAUUCACUGUCAAUUAAUACUCUAAUUUUCACUACAGUAUUAAAGCAUAACAACAAGUGGAUGUGAGAAGAUUACCUCAACUCAGAUGACUGCACACCAAAGAGUUUAUUUGUUGCUUAUAAAUACAAAAACCAUGAAUCAUUACAGGAGUUAUUUGACUAAUUACAGCUGUUUUCAUGCAUCACUGGAGCUUUAUUUUUCUCAAAUGAUCUAUAUUUUUAUUGAAUGAUAUUUAUGAAGCUGUAUUUUGGGGCAAAGAUUGGCGUGUAAAUAGCUAUGGUAUCAACUCUUUUUGAAAGCUUUCUGUUCCAUGAAAGACUACUUGAAUUGUGCCAGAUUUGCAAUAAAAAAAAAUAUUGAAAUGAA